GGGCCAGGGAGGGGAUGGAGGGCGGCGAGGCGGGCGGCGGUGGGGGGCUCCUGCAGCAGAUCCUCAGCCUCCGCCUGGUGCCACGCGUGGGAAACGGCACCACCACUUACUCCAGCCCGCUCUCCACCUUCCCAGAGAUGUGGUAUGGCGUCUUCCUCUGGGCCCUGGUCUCCUCCCUCUCCUUCCACGUCCCGGCCGCUUUGCUAGCGCUCUUCACCCUCAGGCAUCACAAGUACGGCAGGUUCAUGUCCGUGAGCCUCCUGCUGAUGGGCAUCGUGGGACCCAUCACCGCCGGCAUCCUGACAAGUGCUGCCAUUGCUGGAGUUUACAGAGCUGCGGGGAAAAAAAUGAUUCCCUUUGAAGCCCUCAUUUUAGGAGUGGGACAGACGUUCUGCGUGGUGGUGGUUUCGUUUCUGCGCAUUUUAGCCACUCUCUAGCUCUUCCUCGGACGCCGGAGAUCCCGAAUCGGAGGAAAAACAAAGGAUCUGCCGCCGGUGCCAUCUCUGAAGGAAACGAGGAGGGAGCACAACUCGAGGAGCGUGUGAUUCUCCACUGGUUACAGGACCCGUGCAGGCCUGCUCCCGCCUCCAGCCUGGCUUGAAAAUGCGCUAAACAUUGUGAAUUUUGUUACUUUUUUGUAACAUGAAGUGCCAAGUGAAACUUUAUUUCUCUGGAGGAUAGGAAAAUGGCUUCCUGAGGCCGAGGAGGAGGAGGCCCGUGUGUCUUUCACCAGUGCUGAGUUGUAGCAACAAGAGGUUACUCAGAUGUGACACACACCCCGUUUUGGGGUAGAAACAGUACCACGGGGUGAUGUCAUGUCUCCGGAGCUCACUUAAUGCGUUGACCUCUUGCUGCUUUGUUUGCAGUGAACCUGAAGCUCUCUUAAUGUGAAUUCUUUUUAUUUUUUUUUCAAAUGAGAAAAUGAAUUUGUUUUCUUCCUGGCCCCAACUUCCUCAUGCCAGGCCUCGGUCAUAGCGAAUUUGGGAGCAGCCAAAGGAAAAAUCGUUUUAGACGAAGAACAGAAAAGUGCAAAUUUGUGGCCGAGAGCUGUGACUAUGAACGCUGCAGCAGGAGAGAAUAACCAGAGCAUAGAGGGUCACUGAUUUUGUGAAUUUUAUGACGGUGGAACUCUCCUGGCGCUGUGCUCCUCCUGCCUGAGAGGGGAAGCAGAGCCUGUGCUAGAAAUCCUGGGGUGCGUGUGUGACCCUGCGCUGCUCCUGCUGCUGCUGCUGCUCCUCGGGCUCUGCGGGAGCCUCGUGUUUUUAGAACUUCUCCCUUUACUCGCUGAUCGUGUUUACAUUGGUGGGGUGGGAUUGGGGAGGAACCCCGGGUGAUCCCCGUGUCCAUCAGGGACACUCCGUGUCACCGCAGCCCCAGAGCAACCCUUGCCAGCAGGCAGCGUGCUCUCUCCUGAUUAAUUGUUUUAGUUCGCUUGGUUUUAAGUGAUUUUUAACUAACUUUUAGACCUGCCCUGUUGCCCGGAGGCACGCCCUGCAGCUGGGGCUCCCAAAUAGCUGGCUGAGUGCUUUCUGGGGGCUUGGUUUUUUUUUGGGGGGGGGUGUGGGGAGGCAGAUGUUGUACCCCAAGGAGGUGGCUUUUGCCAUGGUCCUUGUUUAUUGCCAGCAGGCAGUCGCGUGGGCUGCCGAGGGAAGGGGCUGGCUGUGUCCAGCCUCCCAGGACACAACUCCCAGCUGGAGUUUUGCCCAACUCCUUUGGUUUCCAAACCAGCUCCGCCUUUUUUACCUGCGACGUUUCGUAAGGCCAGUUAUCUUCUGUGAACCCCACGUCCUCUGAGCUGAAACAACCCUCGACAGGGCCACGUGUUAAUCAUGAAAAAGGAUUUCUCUUUUUACAUUAACUUAGGCGGAGCGGUCUGUGGAGGGGUGACGGAGAGAGGUGUUUUUCAGGAGCUACUUACUGAGAUGAUGGCUCGAAAUUUUAGCCCGUGUUAAUUCCGGGAAUAAAGCUGUGCAUUUUAGGAAAGAUUUUAAUGUGAAUCCUUCUCAUUAGGUGGGUGAGGUCCGAGGGUUGUAAUGUAUCCUAAACCCUAGAUCUUCGGAGCGCCCCGUGUGCUGUGCUCAGAACAAAUAAAAAAAAAAUAAUCGCUUGAUAGAAUCACUCGGUGCUGGGCAAAGCAAAAACCUCCUGAUUUGUACCCAUUGUGAUCUCCCAAAGUAAUUUUUGAGAUGGGGUGCUGCUCCACUGAAGAGAGUUGGCAGCUCAGCCAGUGUUUGGAAGCGGAGUGGUUGGAGCCGGUGGGUGCCUCUCUGUGCCCAGGCGCUGGGGGACUUUCAGGGAAUUCUUGCAUAAAAGGUGAAAAAUCAGCUGCUGAGUUGUUGUGACAGGUGUUAGCGCUGGGGAGAGGUCUUGCUGUCACCUCAAGGAGCAUCCUGCACUCCCCUGGCUGCCUUCCUGACCUCCCUCUCUGGUAAAACCAGAUCCAGAUGGGAAGGAGGAGUGGGUUUUGAGUCCAUGCACCAGAUCGGUCACUGCCGGUGGUUUCCUCCCCGUCGCUUUGAUCUUCCCUUUGUGUUCCUCAUCCUGAGCAGGAGCAAUUCCUUUGGUUUUUAGCAGGUUUCGGCAGACUUUGCUCAAGUCAGACUUGCCAAAAGCUGCCAAGAGCUUGCAAAAAUGUCCAUGCCGAGGUGUCCCGGGGGUGGGCAGCGCUGCAAACCCCCCCGGCCAGGAGCAGAGAAGGUCCCUGCCCCGGGGGGGACGUCGCUGCUCCAGCUGAGACACCAAGACAUGGGGGGCCCUGCUUUCUUCUCAUUCAGAUACCACCCGACUCCCCCUCCCACUAACGACCGCGCCUGGUGUGAACAAAUCUUUGUACCAUAGAAAACUCUGUAAAUUUUAUUUUUUUACUGACACUUCUAAUCCUGGUGGUGAUUAUCAGUAAAUUCUGUAAAGAUGGAGGUGAAA